AUGCACUUUAGCAAAUUCCUUCGAGCCAUGGAGGUUAUCACUUUGAAUGCUUUAUCUGAUAACUAUAUGUAUCUUCUGAUAGACAAAACCACCAAGAAAUGCGCUGCAGUUGAUCCGGUAAACCCAAAACGUAUUCUGGAUGCCGUGAAGGAAAAUGGGGUUCAUCUGUCGGCCAUUCUCACUACACACCAUCACUCGGAUCAUGCAGGUGGCAAUGCAGAGUUGGUGCAUCAGUGGAGUUCAUUGCAUGGCGAAAAAUUAAACGUUUACGGCGGUGACAAACGCGUGGACGCUAUCACCGAUGCCGUCGCGCAUGAGCAAAAACUAAAAAUCGGAGACAAUUUGGAUAUACUCUGUUUAUCCACUCCAUGCCACACUUCCGGUCACGUGUGUUACUAUGUUGUUGAUCGAAGCAAUCCAUCCGAUACGGCUGUUUUCACCGGAGAUACUUUGUUCUUAGGUGGUUGUGGUCGGUUUUUCGAGGUCUGUUUUUCGUGCUGCCUCUAUUCACACAUUCUUCCUUGUUUUUUUGUGUGCGAGGAGACGUACGAACCACACCCACACCUUUUCGGUUGUGGCAGUGGUCACCGGCUCGAUUGGGCAUUAAGGUGUAUUGGGCACCUUGGACGUCUGACCCCGUCCGAAGGGCGUAUGAUCCGAUGA